GACAACUUGAGCUUUCGGUCAUUUCCAAACCUCGUUCAUCUCAAUCUCUGUGUCAACAUUCUCACUGGAACCAUCCCAGCACAUAUCGGCACUCUUCACAAACUCAUGUCCCUUGAUUUGUCUGCAAAUAAAAUAAGUGGAUCAAUACCUGUCGAAAUAGGGAAUCUUGUGAAUUUGAAUGAGCUAGACUUGUCCAUUAACCAUCUAGAUGGUUCCAUCCCUUCCACUUUAGGGAACUUGUCAAAGCUUUCCAUCUUGUACCUGGACCAAAAUCGAAUCUCUGGCUCCUUUCCUCCACAAAUUGGGAAUCUACAAGAUCUGGUUAAGUUGUCAUUGUUCCAAAACAAUCUGACUGGUCCAAUUCCUCCUGCUUUGGGUAAUUUGACCAUGCUCACAAUUGUGUAUUUGUCUAUAAAUCAGAUUUCAGGUACAAUUCCUGCAGAAUUAGGGAAUCUCAAGAAUUUGAUUGAGUUGACGUUGCAACGAAACAAUCUGACUGGUCCGAUUCCUCCUGCUUUGGGUAAUUUGAGAAACCUUACACUGUUGUUCCUCUACAGCAAUCAAAUUUCUGGUUCAAUUCCUCCACAAUUUGGGAAUUUAAUGAAUCUCGACCUUCUUGAUCUGUCCAAUAAUACUCUAACAGGUUCUAUCCCUUCCACUUUAGGGAACUUGACAAAGCUGACAGUCCUCCACCUCUUUCAAAAUCAAAUUUCUGGUUCUAUUCCUCCAAAACUUGCGAAUUUAAUGAGUCUCAAUAAGCUAUCAUUGUAUAAUAACAAUCUGAGUGGUUCGAUCCCUCCUGCUUUGGGUAAUUUGUCCAUGCUCACAAUUUUGUAUUUGUCUAUAAAUCAGAUUUCAGGUACAAUUCCUGCAGAAUUAGGUAAUCUCAAGAAUUUGAUUGAGUUGACGUUGCAUCGAAACAAUCUGACUGGUCCGAUUCCUCCUGCUUUGGGUAAUUUGAGAAACCUUACACUGUUGUUCCUCUACAGCAAUCAAAUUUCUGGUUCAAUUCCUCCACAAUUUGGGAAUUUAAUGAAUCUCGACCUUCUUGAUCUGUCCAAUAAUACUCUAACAGGUUCUAUCCCUUCCACUUUAGGGAACUUGACAAAGCUGACAGUCCUCUACCUCUUUCAAAAUCAAAUUUCUGGUUCUAUUCCUCCAGAACUUGGGAAUUUAAUGAGUCUCAAUAACCUAUCAUUGUAUAAUAACAAUCUGAGUGGUUCGAUCCCUCCUGCUUUGGGUAAUUUGUCCAUGCUCACAAUUUUGUAUUUAUCCAAAAAUCAGUUUUCAGGCACAAUUCCUGCAGAAUUAGGGAAUCUCAAGAAUUUGGUUGAGCUGUCGUUGUACCAAAACAAUCUGACUGGUCAGAUGCCUCCUGCUUUGGGUAAUUUCAGAAACCUUACAAUUUUGUCUCUCUACAGCAACCAAAUUUCUGGUUCAAUUCCUCCACAAUUUGGGAAUUUAAUGAAUCUCGACCUUCUUGAUCUGUCCAAUAAUACUCUAACAGGUUCUAUCCCUUCCACUUUAGGGAACUUGACAAAGCUAACAGUCCUCAACCUCUUUCAAAAUCAAAUUUCUGGUUCUAUUCCACCAGAAAUAGGGAAUCUGGUUAAUCUCAAGGUGCUGGACAUGUCCUAUAGCCUUCUAACAGGUUCUAUCCCUUCCACUAUAGGGAACUUUAAAAAGCUUACUCUUUUGUCCCUUGGUGACUGUCAACUAUCUGGUUCCUUGCCUCAAGAAAUGAGAAACAUGACAAAUCUUUCUAAACUCUACUUGGGUGACAACAACUUCUCCGGCCAUUUACCUCAGUUAUGCCAUGGUGGGUCUCUUCAAUUCUUCACUGCUUUCAACAACCAUUUCACCGGUGACAUCCCAAGAAGCUUCAGAAACUGCACUAGCUUAACAAGAGUGCGACUCAAUGGAAACCGACUUGCUGCAAACAUAUCAGAAGCCUUUGGUGUAUACCCGCAUCUCAUAUUCAUGGACAUCAGUGACAACAUGUUUUUUGGUGAACUCUCAGCAAACUGGGGAGAAUGCCAAAAUUUGACAAUGCUGCAAUUCUCUAGGAACAUGAUCACUGGUAGAAUUCCUCCUGAGAUUGGGCAGUUGAGGCAGCUAGGAGUGCUCGGUCUUUCUUCAAACCAACUAGUAGGAGAGAUUCCAAAGGAAUUUGGGAGGCUGAUUUCUUUGUUCAACUUGACAUUAAAUGAAAACCAGCUUUCUGGUCAGUUACCCCAAGAGAUUGGAAAACUAUCCAAUUUGGAGAUUCUUGACUUGUCAAUGAAUCACCUAAGUGGUGCAAUACCACCUCAAUUAGGGAAUUGCUCCAAACUCCACUAUCUGAAAUUGAGCCAAAAUGUUUUGAAUGGAAGCAUUCCUUUUCAGAUCGGUAACCUAGUAUACCUACAAGGCUUACUAGAUCUAAGUCAUAACUCCCUCAAUGGACAUAUAUCACCACAACUUGCAAAAUUGGUUUUGCUGGAAAAUUUAAAUCUCUCCCACAACAUGAUGUCAGGCUCCAUUCCGCCUACUUUUCAAGAGAUGGUCAGCUUGCAAUCUAUAGAUUUUUCAUACAAUUCUUUGGAAGGUCAUGUUCCCAACAGCAAAAGCUUUCAAAAGGCUCCUGCAGAGGCAUUUAUAAAUAAUAAGGGCUUGUGUGGUGAAGUGCAAGGUUUGCAACCUUGCAAUGCCUCUUCAAAAAGCCACAGCGAUGCGAAGAAAGGCCAUAGAGUUGUGAUCCUCAUUAUUCUUCCACUCUUGGUGGCCUUGUUUCUUUUAUUUGUAAUCAUUGGCAUUUCUUCCAUUUGCUACCAAAGGGGAAGAAAUAUAGAAAAAGGGGUUCUUGAGACGAGCAUCAGAAAUCCAUUUUCAGUAUGGAAUUAUGAUGGAAUUGCUGUGUUCGAAGACAUUGUGGAGGCAACAGAGGGUUUUGAUGAUAAAUACUGCAUCGGAAUUGGAGGGUAUGGACAAGUUUACAAAGCAAAUCUACCAAUGGGUCAGGUAGUAGCUGUGAAGAAACUUCACCCACUCGAAGGAGGGGAUCAAUCUGAUCAAAGAAGUUUUAGAAAUGAGAUACAAGCAUUAACCGAAAUCCGCCAUCGCAACAUAGUGAAGCUUUAUGGCUUUUGCUCCCAUGCUCGAUGCUCAUUUCUCGUCUAUGAGUACAUGGAAAGGGGAAGCUUGGCAAGCAUCCUAAGCAACAAUGAAGGAGCUGCGCAGUUAGACUGGACUCUAAGGGUGAAGAUUAUUAAAGGUGUGGCCCAUGCUUUAUCUUACAUGCACCAUGAUUGCACCCUGCCGAUUGUCCAUCGAGACCUAUCAAGCAACAACGUUCUGUUGAAUUCAGAACUUGAGGCCAGUGUCUCUGAUUUUGGCACUGCACGAUUGCUAAUACCUGAUUCAUCCAAUUGGACUACGCUUGCAGGCACUUACGGAUACCUUGCUCCAGAGCUUGCAUAUACAAUGAGGGUGACUGAGAAAUGCGACGUCUAUAGCUUUGGUGUUGUGGCACUUGAAGUGAUGAUGGGAAGGCAUCCUGGGGAGCUCAUCUCCUCUUUGCCAUCACCAAAUAGAGAAGAUAUACUGCUAAAGGAUAUGUUGGACCAACGUCUCUCCGAUCCGAUGGCAGAGGUUGCACAGGAAGUCAUAUUUGCAGUGUCCAUGGCCCUUGCAUGCAUUCGGCCGGAUCCAAACUUUCGGCCAACCAUGCACCACGUGGCUCAGGAGCUAUCUGUUGGUGGGCCUUCUUUCUCUCUAGAGCCAUUCCAUGCACUUACAUUUCAUGAACUAAUGGAUCUCAAGGUAUCAUUGGGUGUAUGAAAAUUAGUGAGGUUGUGGGCAUGUAGUGGCAAGAACAUUAUUGUUGUGUGUCUAUUGUAUGAAAAUAAUCAAUCACGGAGGUGUUUUUCUUGUUAUGACGCGUACAUAGUUCAGUGUGUGGAAUUGAUGUUUAUAUAGAAUAUAUAUUUCUAGGAUUGGUGAUAAAAAUCCAAUUGUAAUAAAAGUAGGUUGAAAGAAUAAAGAUGUUUUCUUGUUUGGUGGUUA